AUCACGGGUUUAUCACCUCGUGAUGGCUUACCUGAGCAAUGUUAUGACAUGAUCACUUUAGACUUGCCCUGGCUUUGUGACUUUGUUGACCUCCAAGCUUGUUCAGUUCCUCUCAUAUGAGAAAUGCCUUCAUAAUGAGACCUAUUCCAGACCUCGCAUUCUCUCGCAAACUCUCCGACCACCCCCCAUCUCCAUCCCUCGAUCCCCGCACUACAACCCCCGCGACCUUCUUCUUAUCGCGCAGUCCACAUGUCGCGGAUCAGGAUUCCAGUAUAUCGUUAGAUAGCCCCGAGGAUGUCAAAGAGAAUAUGUAUGGAGUACAAAGCCUAGAUGCCUCUCUGUCCCAAUCAGAAUUCACAUCCUGGCCCCGCGAUCACUCCGCAGACAACCUGAAGCAGGCAACCGACGAUUUAGAAUCGCACCUCGCCCAACGCCGGUCAACACUGAAGCCGCUAAACUCAGACACCGAGGAACCCUCUGAACAUGCAUCUGCCAUUCACGCAAUGUCUCGGCCCUUAACUCCGCUUACGUUGGGCAUCCCCGAUGACCCAUCCUCGCUGCCCAGCAGCCCUAAAUCUAUAUCCAACCAGUCCUUGCGGCCGCUCGAUGAUAUCUCUAUUACGGAUGAAAUCAAUAGUCAGGCUGUCGGAUCUGGAGAUGAGGACGAAAUGUCCCAUGGGUCUCCAUUUUUCGCCCCAGGUGGGGCCUCCCAGCUUAUCAUGCCAAGUAUCAAAAUGCCUAGUCGGCGACCGUUCACUGAGCGAGGAAAAGCCAUGGGUCGAUUCAAGGUUCUUCUAGCUGGUGCUCCUGGUUCUGGUAAAACCUCGUUGAUCAAGUCUAUUGUUCAGACAUGCGACGAUAUCGUACAUGUCGACACCAUUCCACAAGUGACCUCUUUGGGACGACGCAGACCUUCCCGGCCCCGAUUUCGGGGGACAUUGACUGCCACCACGGAAAUUUAUGCUAGCACCAAACCUUAUCCUCCAUGGUGGUCUGAUCUGGAAGAUUCGCGCGUGCUCCAGCGCCGGAAAAGCGUCGGGGAAAGUGUGCUAGAGAGGAAUAUCUGUUUCGUGGAUACACUCGCAACAAAUUUAAGCCGGGCAGGUCAAAGCGACGCUAUCGGGCAGUAUAUGAGACAACAGUUCUUCCGUGCUACCAAUGCGCUCAGUGGGUCUAGUGUUGAUUUUCAAAACCUCCUAGCCGGGAAUGGUGGAUCCCAGGUGGAUGCAAUCUUAUAUUUGAUUUCUAAUGACACCCUCUCAGCAGACGUGGAAUCCAUCCGCAAGCUCUGCGAGCUAAGCAAUGUAAUCCCAAUAAUAUCCAAAGCAGACACCCUCAGCCCAGCUCAAAUUACCGAGUUAAAACUUCGCUUCCACGAACAAGCGCGCGAGGCCGGAAUCAAACCAUUCCUAUUCGGUGACCCGCCGAACGGUCUAGACGGGCUCGAAUCCCAACCCCCAUAUGCGGUCUCCUCCGAAAAAACAGUCGACACUGAAACAAUGGAUGCAAGCACCCUAAUGAGUCCAGACUACGUUCAACCACUCGUGCCCUCCGAACUAGACGCCCUAGUCAACAAAAUGUUCGAUCGCGACAAUCUAGCCUGGAUGCGCCAUUCCGCUGCAAAGAAACUCCUCCAGCAACGCACGGACUCAUAUUCACUCCCACCCUCAAUGCCAUUACCUAGUGUGCAGCCGGGUCCUACCGCAAGUGGGUCCGCAUCUGCAUCUAGCAGCUGGCGUUCCGUCUCCCCACCCGGCUAUGCCAUGGCCCGCAUCGCAGACUACACCCGACACGAGGAGCGCAUGGCGCAGGUCCGCCUUGCCCAGUGGGCGACAGAUCUGCAGCGCAGCUUGCAGAACGAGCGCGAUAGAUACACCUCGCUGGCUCGCGGUGAGCGCGCUGUAUGGCUCACCGAGCGGCUGGGCGAGUGUGUUGUCGACGGCUCACUGGUGCCUCUUUCGCAGACGCCUGGGUUUUGUGGGCUGCAUGGCGCCAUCGGCGAGAAGAACCCUGGCGGGUUCCAGGUCAUGCGCUCACAUGCCGGUUCCGGAGCGUAUCGCUUCGCGACUUUUAGUCCACAUGACCCGCUCGGCGUGGUUGGCUGGAUUGACGACCUCGGACACCGGAGCUGGAUGCUUGUUCAGAUUGUUGGGAGUGUAGGGAUUGUUGGUGGCUUGGCGCUAUGGCUUGCGCGCACAUGGGGUUUGCCCACGCGCAGUCUUUCGGAUUUGCGGGUUGAGUACUGGUGUGGAACUAUGGAACGGUAGGUCGAUGAGAUGACUCCGGUAUGAUAAUGAGGGGAUGAAUAUGUGAUAUGGGCUUUAUGGAGUUAUGGUUUUCUACAUAUGUAGUUUGUCUGCAGCGUUCCUACGGGAUGGGUUUGUCUUUCUGCUUUUGUGUUCUUGAUCCUCCGGGAGAUCAUUGCUCAUCUUCUUUCGGUGUCUUCCGGCUCUGGGACUAUUCUCUGUGCAGUUUUGGGACACGUAGCAUAGUCGUACAGGGAUAACUUUCAUGAAGAUGAUAAAUUUGAUUUUUAUGAUAA